CCUCAAACGCAGUUCAGAGUCAGCAUGUGAAGGCAGCUGAAAUAAGUCUAUCAAUAUUGUCUGUGGUCUCUGCUGAUAAUGGAUUUUUCUGUCUACCUCCUGACUCUGCUUUCUCUCAUCUCACCGUGCACAGCUCAGUGGUGUUACCAGAGCCAGUACUCCUGUGAUGACACAUGCAGAGAUCCUAGCCGCUGGGCAGCUCAGUUUCCCAGCUGUGGAGGAUUACGCCAGUCACCCAUUAACAUUGUCACCAAUAACGUGCAUGUCAACAGCGCCCUGCCACCCUUCGACUUCAUCGGUCACACCAACACAAUCAACAUCACAGUGGAAAACAAAGGACACUCUGCUCAUUUUGGUCUGCCACAGUCAGUGAGAUUGACUGGAGGAGCUCUGCCUGGUCUCUACAGAGCAGCCCAGUUUCACUUCCACUGGGGAGGAAACGGGAGGCCAGGAUCAGAGCACACCAUAGACGGAGAGAGGUUCCCCAUGGAGCUGCAUAUAGUCCACAUCAAGGAGCCAUACGGCUCUCUGGCAGAGGCAGAACAUGACAUGGCUGGUAUCGCACUGCUUGCCUUCCUGUUUGAGGAAACAACAGAUGAUCAUCCUCAUUUGGACACAGUGAUAGCUGCUUUGGGCCGUGUACAGAACAAUGGCAGCAGCACAGUGAUCCCAAACUUUCGACUCAGUGAAUUCAUCCCAUCAGCGAAGGAGCUCCACAGUUAUUACCGCUACGUGGGCUCCAUGACAACUCCAGGGUGUGAACAGGCGGUGGCCUGGACAGUGUUUCACAAGACCCUGUCCAUCAGCAGCAGACAGCUGGAUGCGAUCACUCGGCAGUGUCGGUUCUGGACAGGUCAGCCCAUGACAGAGAUCUUCAGACCUACGCAGCCUCUGGACGGCAGAGUUGUGUACAGGUCCAAGGCCAGUGCAGCGCUGACAAGUGUGAGCCACCUGUGGGUGUGUGUUUUCUCAGUCAUGCUCUGGACAACGGUCUGAUACACUGACUGCAUGUAACACCUGAUUUAAGAGUAAAACUCCACUUAGAGGUGAUGAAGCAAUAAUCUAUUCAUUAUGUGUAUGGUUAUUCAUUGAACAAAAUGACGUCUGUUAUAGUGCACAAUCCUCAAAAUUAUUUGACACUGAUAAUGACAAGUUAUUGUGCAAAUUAAAUGUGUGUAUGCCUUUUAGCUGUUUUCUCACAACCAUGAAGUGAAAUCACUAAAAGAAGUUAGUUAACUUUAUUUCUUGAAAUAUCUUAAUGACUAUUGGAUGGUGACCAAACCUGCCAAGAUAAUAACAUUUUCUUCAUCAGCGUUGCUUUGUAUUUAGUGCUCUUUAGCAAAUGUCAGCAGGCUAACACACUUAAUAGUGAAAAUGUUAACAUGAUCUUUAUGAUGACAUUGUCAUUGGGAGCUUGUCAGCAUGCUGUUAGCAUUUAGCCCAAGGUGUCGAAGUAAAGCCUGACACAGCUGUCAGCAUGCUAACACUCCUCUAGUAUGUAGACAAACUGUAAUGAUCAUGUUUGAUUUCUAGACCACCUGUCGAGCUCAGCGAUACGAAAACUCGGCCUACAAUGGAGGUUUGUUUUCCGGCAACAUGUUGGGAAAUUGGGUGUUUAUGUUAAUAAUUCUUCCUUUAGUUCUCAAGAAGUACAUUCUUCAUGUUAUCACCAUGUCAAUAAAUUUUAGAUUUGCUGA